AUGGCGGCAGCUUACGCAGCUUUGGCUUCUCUUUCGAAUAUGAUAGAUCGGCUUCAGCGUCAUCCUUUCCCUCCAAUUUCUCUCGACGAGAAACAAGUUCAAUCUCUCACAGAUAAUGCUACCUUUUUGGAGGAAUUUCUCCAAUGCUAUAACUCUCCUUUUGGGCAAAUCGAUGGAGCUGAUCCUUUGCAGAUUCGCAUUGCAGAUGCAGCUCGUGCCACAGAAGCUGCUAUUGAGUCCUAUAUAGCACGCGUCGUUAUGCUUAAUGGCGUAUUAAUCGACCGCGGUGAAGAAAUGGUUUCCGAUGAAGAAAUCGGUUGCGAAAUUGAGUUCAAUCCAUCCAGUUACGCGAAAACCGAUCCCGGAGAAGAAAUCGUUUCGGAAGAAGAAACAAUUUCGCAUGGAGAAGAGCUCAAUUUCCGUGAUCAGAUCUUCUGUGGAGAAGAACUCAGUUGGCUUGAUGAGAUCGGUUCUGGAGAAGAAAUCGACCGUGAAGAAGAACUCAAUUGGGGUGAUGAGAUCGAAUCUGAAGAAGAAAUCGAUCACGUAGAAGAAAUCAAUUGCAUAAACUUCUAUCAAGAUCUAGAGCAAUUGGUUGAAGAAAUGGAUCUGAUCAAGUCAGAAGCGAUGGAGAUCGUUGAAGAGGAAAGGGGAGUCCAAAAUCAGCUGCAGAGAAGCAACCAGCCGCAGAGAAGCAUCUUAGGGCCUUUUGAUGCUAGGCAGAGUGUGAUGGUGGGCCAUGAUGAUGUGUUGCUUCAAGUCUUGGAUAAGCUCACGGGUGGACGACUCGACCGCCGGGCCAUUCCGAUUGUGGGGAUGGGCGGAAUCGGUAAGACCACUCUGGCUCAAAAUAUUUAUGCUCAUCCCCUUAUUAAGGAGCAUUUUGAUAUCUGUGCUUGGGCAACAAUUUCUCAACAAUAUAGUAUAAAAGAUAUUGUUUGGAAACUUCUUUCACAAAUAAAAAAUGAGUGCAUGGAACAGCUUACUAGUGAAAUGUGUGAAGAUGAAGUGGGAUUAGCACUUUACAAAUGUUUAUCAGGUAGAAGGUAUUUGAUUGUAAUGGAUGAUGUGUGGAGCAUUGAGGCAUGGGAUAAGAUACAAUACUUCUUUCCUCAAAAUAACACAAGGAGUCGGGUAGUGGUUACAACUAGGUUAUCAAACUUAGGUUAUCAACUGGAUAACAACUAUGGCCUUGAAAUGAAAUUUCUUAAUCAGGUUGAUAGUUGGAAUUUGUUCUCCAAAACUGUGUUUGGAGAGAGAAGUUGUCCACCUGAAUUGGAGGAAAUUGGGAAGGAGAUUGUAGAAAAUUGCAGAGGACUUCCUCUGUCGAUUAUUGUUACGGGAGGUCUUCUUAGAAAAUUUGGACAUUCACAAGAGUGGUGGAAAUCUAUAAAGAGAAACAUAAAUUCAAUGGUGAAUUCGGAGAAUCAUGAUCAUUGCUUGAAAAUGUUGAAGAUGAGCUAUGAUCAUUUGCCGGUCUAUCUAAAGCCAGGUUUUCUGUAUAUGGGGGUGUUUGAGAAGGACUUUAAUGUCACAACACUCAUCCAGCUAUGGAUUUCUGAAGGUUUUUUAAAGCCAAUGAGUGGCAAAAGCUUGGAAACAAUUGGAAAAGAGUACUUAAAAGAGCUAGUUGCUAGAAAUCUCAUUCUAGUUGAUAAGUUGGGGUCUAUAGGAAACAUAAAAACAUAUAAAAUUCAUGAUUUGGUGAGGGACCUCGCCCAAAAAGAAGCUCAUGAAGAAAGGUUUUAUGAUGUGCUAGGGUUAUCUAGUCCUCGAUUCAUAAAUAGCCAACAUUGUGGUAUGAGUCCUCGGUGGUUAGUUCCAAGCAAUGAAUGUUUUCCAAAAAAUGUGUCUCAGGUAGUUAAUCUAAGGUACUUUGAUGUAUGUGCUCCUUGGAUGCCAAAAUUCCUUUCUUUUGUGAAUUAUCUUUGGAAUUUACAUACGCUAAUUGUUUCUGAUGCUGAGUGGCCGCGUACAGCAUUUGAUAUUUGGAAAAUGCCUCAACUUAGGCAUGUCCACUUUUAUCAGAGUAACAGAUUUCACCUCACACAUCCUCUGAGUCUGAGCAGCAACAUUGACAUUGUCGUCAUGGAAAACCUGCAAACACUUGUCGGAGUAACAAAUUUCAAGUGUAGUGAGGCGGUAGUUAAGAGAAUUCCUAACAUAAAGAAAUUGGGAAUAGUAUAUCACAAGUUUAAGGGAGUUUGGCCGGGUGGUGAUUAUUAUUGUCUCAAAUAUCUUGAAUGUUUUGGUAAACUCGAAUCCUUACACUGCAAGGUCGAUUGCACGAUCCCUGAUCAUGAGAAGAACCUCGCCUCCCCACGCUCCUUGUUGAAGUGUAGAUGCAAUGACCAUUUGCAAGAGAUUACAUUCCCACACUCCCUCAAGAAGUUGAGUCUCAGGGUGAGCAAAAGCUUUCAUGUGGAGGGCAUAUUGGAAAAGAUAGGUUGGUUGCCUUUCCUUGAGAAGCUCCAUUUGUGGGGUGGAUACUUCAGAAGUAGCAAGUGGGAAAUAGUUGAAGGCCAGUUUCCCUACCUCAAAUACUUGUCACUGAACAUGUGUGAGCAUCUAGAAUGUUGGACACUCGAGGGCUCUGGCUUGCCACGCCUAGAGAAACUUCGUCUCUACUUGAUAGGGUGGUUGGACGAGAUGCCUUCGGAAAUUGGAGAAAUAUCAACACUGAAAUCAAUUGAAUUGUCAAGUUGUACGAUGUCAUUGGUAAAGUCUUUGAAAAAGAUAGUAGAGGAACAAGAGGAGUUGCAAGGGGAACUACAUUUUCAUGUUAGUGUUUCGCCAGACUUGGUCGAUAUUAAAGCACUAGAGAGCUUAGAAACUCCCAACUUUCGUAUAGAAAGAAACAUUUGUAGCUUGAUGUAA